AUGAAUGACAUUGAAACUCUUUACCUGUCAGAAAAUACUAAAAAGUUUUUAUUUGAAUUGGUUGAAUUUCUUAGAGAAGUUGCACAGUUUAUUGUUAGCUUUAAAAGCCAUUUUAAUCUACGAAAAUACAAUAAGUGUAAUGUAAUUAGUAAUUUAACAUUAAUUGAAACUAUAAUGAAUGAAAUAAUUUUAAAAUUUGACUCUAAAGAGAUUAAAAUUUUUUUGAAUCAAGUUAUACAAAAAAAUGACAAUGCCGAGUUUUCUGAUUUAAAUGUUCAAAAAGUUUUAUCAGAGAUAUUUUACAACAUUGAGUGGUUUGAAAAAAAAUUUAAACGAUAUGUUUAUUAUAUUAUAAGAUUGAAAAAUUUUUUGAAGAAACUGUAA